AGGGCCCCGCCCGGCAGGCGGGAAGGACGCCCCGGGGACGCGCUGCUUUCUGAAAGCGCGGGCCGUGCGGAGAAAGUCCGACUCUCACCCAGAAGCCAUCCCUGCUGGCUGGUAAGUGAGGAAACUAGCACGCCCUCCGUCUUGCCGGUAGCAUGCAGAGAAAUAAUUUCAGGAAGAAGGAUUCUCCGGAAGCUGAAUGGACAAGAGACGGCGGGGAGAAGCAGGGAGACGGGUGAGGAGGCUGAUGCCAUAGUCCAGAGGACAGCGGGGUGACAGCAAAGGCUGAGAAGUGUCCAGAUCCAAGACAAACUCCGGAGGGAGAGCCGAAAGCAUUGCCUGGAAGAUCAAGCUCAGCCGGCCCCGACUGCACAGCUCACAGACCAGCCGAGGACACGGCACCAGCUCUGCGUCCCAGCUAGAGAGGCCAGGCAGGGGCCCAGCGCACCUGUCCUGCUGGAGAAUGGAGGAAGGGGAAAAGAGCCCCCUGCUGGUCCAGGACCCCGGGUGCCAGGAGGGGCCGCUCACUUCAAGCCGUCCAGGUCCGGUGCCCCAAGAGGAGCGGGUCUGGAGGGCAGGCCCCGGGGGAGGCCCGGCCUCCUCCCUCCCCUUGGGAAUCGGCUGCCUGCGGUGCCUGACCUUCCUGCUCAACUUCCUCUUCUCUCUGCUUGGUCUGCUGGCCCUGGCCAUCGGGCUCUGGGGCUUGGCCGUCAAGGGGUCUCUGGGGAGCGUCUGGGGGGCGGCCCUGCCCGAAGACCCCAUUCUGGGACUGGUACUGGGGGGGCUGGCCGUCAGUGCGGUGAGCCUGGCGGGCUGCCUGGGGGCCCUGUGUGAGAGCGCUUUUCUGCUCCGCUGCUUCUCGGGGGGUCUCGUCGCCUUCCUGCUGCUGGAGGCCGUGGUGGGUGCCCUGCUGGUGGCCCUCUGGGGCCCGCUGCAGGAUGGCCUGGAGCACACCCUGCGUGCGGCCAUCACCCACUAUCAGGAUGACCCGGGCCUGCGCUUCCUUAUUGACCAAGUCCAGCUUGGGCUGCAGUGCUGCGGGGCGUCUUCCUACCGGGACUGGACGCGGAACGUAUACUUUAACUGCAGCUCCCCGGGGGUCCAGGCCUGCAGCCUUCCUGCCUCCUGCUGCGUCCACCCCGGGGAAGACGGAGCCUCUGUCAACGACCAGUGUGGCUCUGGAGCCCUGCGCCUGGACGAGGAUGCCGCUCGGAGAGCGGUGCACCUGGAGGGCUGUGGCCCUCCUCUCCGGCGGUGGCUGCGCAGGAACGUGCGGGCCGCGGGCGCCUACGCCAUCGUGGUUGUGGCGGUCCAAGGGGUGGAGCUCCUGUUGGCCAACCAGCUGGUGAGGGCCCUGGCCGUCUGCCGGGGGGAGGCGGACGGCCCCAGAGCCGCAGGGACGGUGGCCUUGUCCGCCCGCGCCUCACCCUCCGUGAAACGGCCCCUGCCAAACCGGCCUAGGGCUCACAGCCCAGGAGGACCCCCAGGGAAGGUGUCCUACGGCAUCCCAGACGCCCUGGCCUCCUCCACCGGCUGCGCCUCCGGCCCCCCAGGGCCCCCCUUCCCCUGAGGGCAGAGCACGUCCGCCUCCUUCCCAGUUCCGUCAGGCCCUGCUAGAAUGAGUCCCCGUGCCACCUCCCGAUUUCACGAUCUUUCGGGGACUUUCGUUCUCCGCCGCUGAGUCGGGCACUGCCUGCUCCCCGGCAAACGCCGCUGUGACCUGAGCGUAAGCUGAGCCUGGUGGGUGCUGCUGGCCGCUGUCUGCCUCCUCCGGGGACGCCAGGCAGAGCCACCCGGCGGGCAGGGAGCGUGUGGGGUAUGGAGACCGGAUGAAAUCCUGCUGCCAAGCCCCCAACUCCAACCUCCACCUCCGACCGCCUCUGAUGCCUACCUCCAAACCCUGCCUUGACCUCCGCUCUGACCCCGCCUCUGACGCUUUGCCUAGGAUGUCACCUAUGACCCCCAGUCUUGAUCCCAGCCCUGAUGUCUCACUCUCUCACCGCGGCCUGGGUACCUGCCCUCCUCUGGGGUCACCUCGCCCUUUCCCACCCGUUGUGGUGGUUGAGGUGGGGCCCAGGCGGGAGUAAACUUGAGCGACAGGCAGCAUCCACACAAUAAACAGCGCCGGUGUUAAGCGGGCAGCGUGAGGAACCCUUACCUAGCUAAGGCUCCUGGCCUUACCUAGGCGCCUAACCCUUACCUAGCUAAGCACCUGCAGAUCGGCGCCGGGUCCGGAGCCGGCCUCUGCCAAGUCCUCUGCCCCCUCGCUGCGGGCACCCCGAUCGCACUUCAUCACCGUCGGUGACCCUUUCACAUUAACGGGACCCCAGAGGGCCCUUCCCAAGAGUCACGUCUGCACCGUGCUGUGCGCAGACGCCCACAGACGCACCUGGCCCGUGUGGACGCACACUUGGGUGGCUUCCGGACGGUGACUGCUGCCGGGGACAGUUCCACACAGUGGAGUGGGGCAGACAUUUCUAUUGGACCCCGGCGGCUAGCCCAGUGCCAGAACGUCACAGGUGGUGAAGUACCUGGGAAACAAACAGAUGCACAAGGACGAGACCCACACCCGCAUGUGUCUCAGCAAGCCUGGUGUUAUGCUGCCCUGGCACGAUUGCCGCGUUCCACGUGCAGGAGGGGCCUGCCUCGCUGCCAGGGCCAACGCCAGUGGCUUCUUGAUGGGGACAGCUCACAUCACACAGGCCUCUGCUAGGACUGUUGAGCUCUGAAGCGAGGCCAACUGAGUAGCAUGCACUCGAGGUGUAUGUACGUGCAUACACAGGUUGGUAAAGCUGUAGGCCCUCAACGAAUGUUGGAUUGCAACCUGUACCGUCUUUCUGUGACAACGCGACGUCAGUCCUGCAC